AGGAGUACCUGCUCAUGAUAGGACUCAGUAAUUGGAUGCUCUGGGCUGCCUAUUUCUUCACAUUCCUCUCUUUGUAUUCAGUUAUCAUCCUUUUGAUGUGCAUUAUUUUCUUUGCCAAGAUAGAACCUGUGCCAGUUAUCCAAUACAGUGACCCAUCUCUUGUCUUCAUCUUUUUGCUAUGUUUUGCUAUUGCCACAAUGUUCUUCAGCUUUAUGGUUAGCACAUUCUUCAAUAAAGUACAUUUUGCUGUUUCUGUUGGAGGUUUCAUUUAUCUCGUUACCUACUUUCCAGUUGUUACUGUCUCUAUAAACUUUGCAGAAAUGACAUUCACCCAGAAGCUGGCUUCCUGUCUCAGCUCAAAUAUCGCAAUGGGGCUGGGAACUAAAUUCCUAGUCAAGGCAGAAAUGGAGAAAAUUGGAAUUAAAUGGAGCAACAUCUUCUCACCACCCCAAAUGGAGAACUUUGGCUUUGCCCACGUACUGGGAAUGUUUUUAUUUGAUGCUUUCUUAUAUGGCCUUGUGGCCUGGUAUAUAGAAGCUGUCUUUCCAGGGGAGUAUGGUGUGCCCAAGCCAUGGAACUUUUUCUUGCUGCGCUCUUACUGGUUUGGGGAAGCAUCUAAGGGAAAAAAGGAAAGAAGGCAAUUUUAUGAGACAAAUGAAAGCAAGUAUUUUGAAGCAGAACCUACUAAUUUGGUGGCAGGUAUCCAAAUCAAACAUUUGUGCAAGGUAUUGUUUCAAAUUUUUUCUUCUUUUAUUCAUUCUUCUAAAUGGAUUUUCUCAGGUGUGGGAUACCACAUGGUCAUGGUGAAGGAAGCUCACUGCAAUGUUGAAGAAAUCUUAAAAUUUAUUCAGUAUCAUAUACCAGAAGCCACUUUGGAGAAGAAUGUUAAUAAUGAAAUAUCUUUUCUUCUACCCAAAGAGUAUACACACAGCUUUGAAGCUCUGUUUACUGAUCUGGAAAAGAGACGGUAUGAGUUAGGCAUUGCUAGCUUUGGUGCCUCUGUUACUACCAUGGAAGAAGUAUUUUUUAGAGUCAAUAAUAUGGAAGAUUCACAAGUAGAUAUCCCAGCUACCCAAACUCCACCUCCCUCUGUGAUGAGUGAAGUCUCAGUUAAGAACCAGAAUAGGAAUAUGUCAAGCAAUGAGAGAGCACAGUGUUCCACCAUGAACGAAAGUCCUGCUAUUAUGUUUAAUACUGGGUAUUCCCUCUACCACCAGCAGUUCUGUGCCAUGUUCAUAAAGAGGGCACUGUUCAGUUGGAGGAAUUGGAAAUUGAUUUUGCUACAGAUGCUGGCACUUCUAGGUUCCUUUACUCUUCUCUUAAAGGCUGAAAAUUUUUUACAUAAUAAUGAUGAAAAGGCCAGACAAAUGGAUUUGAAUCAAUAUGGUCAAACUAUAGUGCCUUUAUCUAUUUCUGGGAAUUCUAAUUUGACCCUGAUUUUCCUAAAACAUCUUAGGAGUAUGCUAGAGUCUGACAAACACACACUUAAGGAAGUGCAAGGUGACCUACUGAAAUACUUAGUGGAAAAUGAAGAUUGUAUUCACUUAUGCAUUGUUGCAUUUUCCAUUGAGGUGAAGACAAAUAAAAUAAUACUUACUGGUCUUUUCAACAAUCAAGCAUAUCAUUCACCAUCUCUGACCCUGUCGAUAUUAGACAACAUUCUUCUCAUGACCAUUGCUGGCUCCAAUGCUUCUUUAACAGUCUCCAAUAAGCCUCAGCCAUACCUUAGGCAUAAAAAACAAAGUGCAACAUUGUCAAAUGGACUCCACGUGGCCUUAAAUAUACAUUUUGGCAUGGCUCUUUUGAUCAGUGGCUUUUGUCUCCUGACAGUGACUGAACACAUCACUAAGGCAAAGCACAUCCAAUUUUUGAGUGGGGUUUAUGUCCCUGUGUACUGGCUUUCUGCUCUACUGUGGGAUUUCAUCAUAUUCUUUAUUACCUGCUGCUUACUACUAGGAGCAUUCAAAUUCUGCCAACUGGAUAUUUACAUCACAGACUACCAUUUUCUGGACACAAUGCUGAUCUUCAUGCUAUAUGGCUGGUCUGUCAUUCCCCUCAUGUACCUGCUGAGCUUUCUGUUUACUAAAAGUACUUCUGCCUACAUCAAGCUUGUCCUAUUCAACUACCUUUCAGGCAUUUUCAGUGUCCUCAUAGAUGCCACUCUUCAGUUCGAAGUUCAACAUAAGAUGUCAAAAGCCACCAGAGCCUUCAUACUUAAUUCAUUACUGUUCUUUCCUAAUUACAACCUUGCGAAGUGUAUCGAUGACUAUUUUACUUUCUACCAGAUAAAGAAAUGGUGCUCUGGAAACAAACCUCCUGUCUACAUAAAUUGUAGUAAAGAAAAUCCUGCGAAGAAUGUUUAUUCUUUGGAAGAGAAAAUGAUUGGAAAGUACAUGAUUGUAAUGAGUAUCACAGGCUUUAUUUGCCUUCUCUUGCUUUUCUUUUUGGACACUACUUUGUGGAAGCUAAGAACAUUUCUCAGUCAAUAUGUUUACUUUGUUAUCUAUAAGACAUUCAGGAAGGAAAAAGUGUCCAAGGAACUAUCUGGAGAAUCUGAUGAUGAAGAUGUACAAAAUGAAAGACAGAGAAUCCUGGGGCAGCCUAGGGAGUUGCUGAAUUCUGCAGUACUUAUUAAGGAACUCACAAAGAUAUAUUUUAAGUACCCAGUCAUUCUGGCUGUGAAAAAUAUCUCUGUUACAAUCCAAAAGGGAGAGUGCUUUGGAUUGCUUGGAUUCAAUGGAGCUGGAAAAACUACUACCUUCAAAAUUUUGACUGGAGAGGAGACUGUUACCUCUGGGGAUGUGUUCCUUGAGCAAUUUAGCAUCACUAAAAGGCUCCAAAAAGUGAAAUCGAGAGUUGGCUAUUGUCCUCAGUCUGAAGCAUUGCUGGAAUACAUGACUGGUCGGGAAAUAAUGAUCAUGUAUGCCAGGUUAUGGGGAAUCUCUGAGCCCCAGAUUCAGCUGUAUGUGAAUAGAUGGUUGAAUUCAAUGCAACUGGAACUCCAUGCUGACAAGCUUAUCAUAACCUACAGUGGAGGAACCAAACGUAGGCUGAGUACUGCUAUUGCCCUAAUGGGAAAUACCUCAGUCAUUUUGCUAGAUGAGCCAUCAACUGGCAUGGACCCUGGAGCCCGACGCCUGCUCUGGGAUGCUCUGACAUGGACACGUGAAAGUGGCAAAGCCAUCAUUAUAACUUCCCAUAGAAUGGAGGAAUGUGACGCCUUCUGUACCAGGCUGGCCAUCAUGGUGGAGGGAAAGUUCAUGUGCCUGGGUAGCCCUCAGCACCUCAAAAGCAAGUUUGGCAACAUUUACGUCCUGAAGAUCAAGGUCAAGAUUGAUGCACAGGAGGAUAAACUGAAUGAUUUAAAAUUUUUCAUCACAAUGACAUUCCCAGGUAGUGUAUUAAAGCAUGAGAAUCAAGGGAUCCUAAACUACUACAUUCCCAGCAAGGACAACAGCUGGGGAAAGGUGUUUGGUAUUUUGGAGGAAGCUAAAGAGAAAUUCAAUUUAGAAGACUACUCCAUCAGUCAGAUAACACUGGAACAAGUCUUCCUGAUCUUUGCUAACCCAGAGAACACAGAAGGUGAUUAUCAGGAAAAGAAAAGAAGAAGAAAUGAAGUGAAGAAUGAUAUACAGAGCUCUUCCUCAGAUGCUUGUUUGGCCACAUGGAGUCCCCCAUAAGCCAUGUGAGAAAUCUAGUAACUCUCAAGAUUCAUGGGCAGAUGAGCAGACAAGAGAUGAUUGUUGUCCAGUUGCAAGAUAGAAAGAAUCCAUGAAGCUGCUCUACUUUAGGAUGGUUUGUUCAAGGUUUAUAUAUUCUUAGUUGGAUAUUUGUGAGUAAUAAAAUUAUACCCAAAAGCUAA